AUGGCUAACCGAUGCCAUGUUAGAUCAAUUAGCUUGCCUUCCAGAUCCCAUCCUACCACUCUCAAAAUCCAACAACAGCUUAACAAGCUCACAACAUUGGAGGCAUCAUCUACAUCAGCGUUGGGGAAAACCUCCAAUGGCCUAUCUGGACUGGAAGAGUUGUACAAUUGCAUGGAUGAGCUUCUUAGUUUGCCGUCCACCCAACAAGCCCUUUCCCUCCAUCAACAUGAGAAAUGGGUCAAUGAAUUGUUGGAUGGACCUGUAAGCCUUUUAGAUAUUUGUGGCACUGCAAGGGAUGUAAUAUCACAAUUUAAGGAAAAUGUUGGAGAUCUUGAAUCUGCCCUCAGGAGGAGAAAAGGAGAUGUGUGCAUUGAAAUCAGCAUCAACAAUUACAUUUCUUCAAGAAAGAAGAUGAACAAGGACGCCAAAAAGUUGCUAGCAGCAAUGAAGAAGGAUAACAAGUCUCCACUCUUAGAUCAAGAGCACCAGCUCUCCACAAUGAUUACAGUGUUCAGGGAAGUUAAUAUAAUGAGCAUUUCAAUCUUUCAGUCACUGCUGUUGCUCUUGUCCACACCAGUGUUGAAGUCAAGACCAUCUAGGUGGUCACUGGUUUCCAAAUUUAUGCACAAGGGGGCAGUCUCUUGCGAAGAAAGCGCUGAGAACACGGAGUUGGAGAGCGUGGAUUUGGCACUAGGUGUCCUUUCAAGUGAAGAAGCCAAGUUGGAGACGAUGCAAAUUGCUCUUAAAGGAGUGGAGGCUUUGGAGGUGAGCAUUGAAGGCCUUGAAAAGGGUUUGGAGCGCAUGUUUAGGCGAUUGGUGAAAACAAGAGCCUCUCUCCUCAACAUCAUCUCCCACUAG